AUGUUGAAAAUUGAUUUCGCAAAAGCUUUUGAUUCUGUUGAUUGGUCCUUUAUCAUUGAUCUGCUUCAAGCAAGAGGGUUUGGUGCCAAAUGGUGCUCAUGGAUUUAUCACAUUAUCUCAUCAUCUAAUUGUGCAGUUCUAGUUAAUGGUCAUCCUACAAAUUUUUUUAACUGCAAGAGGGGUCUUAAACAGGGUGAUCCUUUAUCACCUAUGCUUUUCAACAUAUCAGUUGAUGUUCUAAACAGGAUGAUUAUGAAUAAUGCGGAAGAUGGUACUUUAUCUACUCUUGGUAUUAAGGAACCUCUCAAUCAUAUAAGGAGUCUACAAUUUGCAGAUGACACCAUUCUUUUUGUUAAAAGCUCCUCCAAAGAUAUAUCAGUACUGAAAACCAUUCUUUAUAUCUUUGAAGAACUAUCAGGAUUGGGUAUCAAUUAUUCAAAGUCUUCUUUGAUUCAUUUUGGUAGAAAUACCCAAAGAGGAAUUGAUCUAGCUUUGGUUAUUAAUUGUAAAGUGGGUUCUCUGCCAAUCAAAUACCUUGGUCUACCUUUAAAAUGUGGGAAAUUAUCAAAAUCUGAUUGGCAACCAGUUGUAGAUAACCUUCAUAGAAGACUAGCAUCAUGA